AUGCGUUCUGCUCUUGUUCUGUCUGCCCUUGCUGGCACUGUUCUGGCAGAGCACAGGUCUUUGAUCGGCCGUGACGGUACCUGCAAGCCUCAACCUGCUGGCUCCGGUCCCGUUGCCUCUCCUGAUAGCAUCGAUGGUUUCUUCGCCAUCCCCGAGCUCCAGACCCUAUCAUCAACCGCUCCUACUCCUGAUGGCUACACUGCUGCUUUCACCGGCUUGAACGCUUCUCUUAACGCCAACAAGUACAUGGGUCUCUGGACGCUCACCUCAUACGACACCAUCGGUUGUGCUUCUCUUUGCGACAAGACCACCGGCUGCGAGGCUUUCAACAUGUACAGCGAGCGUGACCCUACUCUUGACCCCAACGCUUCCAACUGCCCCAACCCUGCCUCGCUCACCAACUAUAAAUGUACAUUGUGGGGCGAUUUUGUCUCUGAGUCCCAGGCCAAGAACCUUGGCCAAUGGCGCAAUCAGUUCCAGGUUGUCAUCACUGGCUCAAAUGCAUACAACAAGGUCCCUGCACCUUGUACCGUCCCUGGCUACGACGGCCCUACACAGCUGGGUGGUGCCAUCAACGCACCCCUCGACAGCAACCGCCACGACACCUACAUGGGCGUCCGUGUCUACCCCUUCAACGAGGACCAGGAGUACGACCCCACAGUCUGCGCUACUGCUUGCACUUCCCAGACUUCCUACAACAAGGGCCACCCCGCUAAGGAUGGCUCUUACCAGACUUGCCGCUUCUUCAACUCCUGGAUCCAGAGCAAGGAUGCUGUUGCCUACGAGGUUCACUGUGGUCUCUACAACCAGACCUGGUCUCCUCAGUACGCUACCAAUUACGGCCAAUACUCUGGCAACAGCCGCAUCACUGUCUCCAGAUCUUACAGCUACACUCUUUCUGAAGUCGUUGCUUGA